UGUUCCCGGUAGAUGUCGAUGCUGACACCGAUGGGGAUUCUCUUCUCCAGUGCGCAGCGCUCCGGCCCGGCCGCUCCUUCCUUCCUCAUCUCCUCUCCUCACACAGCUGGCUCGCUCUCCUCUCGGAUGAUGGCUCUGCCUUCUCCUGUCGCACACAGCGCUGGACCCAGGGCUGGACUGGACUACCAACAUAGAGUGGUGUUUGUGACAGAGAGGGAGCGGUUUGAGGUCCCAGUCCGUGCCAUUGGGCCACGUGCCAUUCUUGAUUUCCGCGACAAACUCCUCUUCCCCGUCUGUCCUGUGAAAUCCUCCACAGAGAAGACUCAGCAUGUCCGCAACAUAGGAAAUGGCAAGGCUAAGUUCAAGCUGGACACGCAGAGCCCGUUCUCUGUGACGCCAUCCAGUGGGACUGUUGACGUCGGCGGGAGCGUCCAGGUGACUGUGGAUUUCCACCCUAUGACAGUAGGGGUCCACAGCCAGCCGCUGGUCCUGCACUACCACACCGGUGAAGAUGUGCACAUCAGCUUGCAAGGUGUUAGUGAAGAACUGGACAUCCACCUUGAGGCAGACUCUGUCCUUUUGACAAAGACCUACAUGUCCUUGGCCAGCCAUCGCACAGUGUCCCUCACCUACAGGAGUGAGAUCCCUCUGAAGUACUUCUGGACCACGUGGCCCAGCCUGCAAGAGGAGGCCCUGAGCUUAUUGAGCGAGAGCUCGGGGCUGGCACAGGAGGAGUUUGAGAGGAAGCGGCUGCUCGCUCAAUGCAAAGCACAUCCCACAGUGAUACAUCGCCUUCCGCUGCUGUCCAGAGCCCUGCAGGAGCGCAGAAGCCAGACAGUGAGGGACCACCGGCUGGUCCUCUCACACAGCUGUAUUACCAUGGAACCAGCGGAGGGUGAGAUAUGGCCCAGGACUCCAGCCCAGUUUCACAUUGUCUUCAAGCCUGAGGAGGCCAAACUGUACCAACAAACCAUAUAUUGUGAUAUCACAGGCCGUGAAGCUCGGUUGACUCUCACAAUAAUGGCGGAGGGCAUUGGACCUAAUGUCCAGUUCAACUACGACCUGAUGGACAUGCAGAACGUAGUCAUUGGAGACACAGACUAUUAUGAAUUGCUAGGUAUGUUGGACAUGUCCGUUCCAGCGGUGGCCAAGUUCAGGCGUCUUCUGGACAGUCUGCCCAGGGAAGCUCUACCCGAUGUGGUAGCCUCCAUGAUCCGCACCUCAAACAAGGAGAAACUCCAGGUCCUGGAUGCGUUGACCUUGGAGGAGCGAUUUAAGAGAGCUCUACCCAUGUUGACCAGACAAAUAGAUGGACUGAAACUGCUGCAGAAAACCAGGAAGACAGGUCCUGAAAAUGAGAAGAGGGUGCGACCGGUGCGUAAAGGUGGAGUGGUCUCGGGUCGGCAGUUUAACCUGGAUGAGGAACCGGAAGACAAGGAUGGCGAUGACAUUGCACCCUUGGAGAAGAAGGUCCACGGGGCCAAGAUGCCCGACGCCGCACUCAGAGUUUGCAUCAAAGAGCUCAAGAGAUUGAAGAAGAUGCCUCAGUCCAUGCCUGAGUUUUCCCUUACCAGAAACUACUUGGAUUUGAUGGUAGAGUUGCGAUGGAGCAAAAGCACCAAAGACUGCCUGGACAUCCAAGCUGCUCGCACCCUGUUGGACAACGUCCACUACGCCAUGGACAAGCUGAAGAGACGCGUGCUGGAGUACCUCGCUGUUAGACAGCUGAAGACUUCUCUGAAGGUCCUGGACCCAGAGCAGAACCACAGCUUCACGGACCAUUACCUCAACGUGGCCUUUGACCUCUCCCAAGUGCUCUUCAUUGCCACGACCAACACCACGGCGACCAUUCCCCCUGCCCUGCUGGACAGGAUGGAGGUGCUGCAGGUACCAGGCUACACUAGGGAGGAGAAGGUGGAGAUAGCUCACCGUCAUCUGAUCCCAAACCAGUUGGAGCAGCAUGGAUUAACACCUCAGCAGCUGCAUAUACCGCAGGACACCACGCAGGAUAUAAUCAGCAGCUACACCCGGGAGGCGGGCGUGCGUUCCCUGGAGAGAAAGUUUGGGGCGAUCUGCCGAGCGGUGGCGGUGAAAGUUGCCGAAGGUCACAGAGUCGCCACAACAGAUGUUUCCACCGCCGAGUGUCCGUCACAGCAGGGGGACAAGGCAGCCCCCCCGGAGAUGCCCAUAGUGAUCGACCACGUGGCCCUGAGGGACAUCCUGGGUCCUCCUGUGUUUGAAAUGGAGGUGUCUGAGAGGCUCACCCUGCCAGGUGAGAGGCUCACCCUGCCAGGUGUCUCUGUGGGUCUGGCCUGGACGCCCCUCGGCGGGGAGAUUCUGUUUGUGGAGGCCAGUCGAAUGGAGGGAGAAGGUCAACUCACUCUGACCAGUCAGCUUGGAGACGUUAUGAAAGAAUCCGCCCAUCUGGCGAUCAGCUGGCUCAGAGCAAAUGCUAAAACCUACCAGCUAACCAACAUGGUGGGUGGCCCAGACCCGCUAGAAGGGACAGACAUCCAUCUCCACUUCCCAGGUGGAGACGUCACCAAGGAUGGCCCCUCUGCAGGUGUUACCAUAGUAACGUGCCUAGCCUCGCUGUUUAGCGGCCGAUUGGUCCGAUCGGACGUCGCCAUGACGGGAGAGAUCAUGCUGAGGGGGCUGGUGCUGCCGGUGGGUGGCAUCAAGGACAAGGUCCUGGCGGCCCACAGGGCGGGAGUGAAGCGCGUUAUCCUCCCAAAACGCAACAACAAGGACCUGGAGGAGCUUCCAGCCAACAUCCGAGCCGACCUGGACUUCGUCACAGCCGCCAACCUGGACGAGGUGCUGAACGCCGCCUUUGACGGAGGGUUUCCAGGGGCGGGCCACACCCACACCCUGAGCAGCAAACUGUAACACACAGGACGGGUCCCUAACUAGACCUAAAAGAGCAGUGAGUGGGUCGUCAGCGUGGACCUCUUGGAGUCAAAGGACUUUUGUAACUUUGUUCGCGCCUUGCUUUUAAGAUCUUUGCAUUCAAAGGAUUAUUUUCCUAUUGAACAGACAAUUUGAGACAAAUCAAGCUAAAGCACUUGGUUUGGGGGGGUUACAGCCUCUCAGCAUCAGCAUCAGAUUUUAUAAACUUGAUCCCUAAUGUGUUCUAAUGGUUUGGUGUAAUGAGGGUGUUUACAAUGUGGAAUAUCUAAUGAGGACUAAUUUUUGACAGUUUGAAUUUAAAAAGAAGACAAAAUAGUACAUAUACACAAUCCAUUGGAAAUGAAGAUAAUUCAGAUCAGAGCACCGAUUUGGUGGAUGGGACACAAACGACUGCAAUCAUUUUGAUCAAUUCAGAAUGUAACCUCAUCUAUGGGAUCAUUUUCUCUGGACUUUCUGUUCUUAACGUGAAAGUAUCUCAAUCCAAAGCAUUGUGUGACGUAUGUAGAGACCAAAUUAGAACUAACAAGGCUCAUUGUAACUAUAUACACCAAUAAUAUUGCUAGUUGAAAUGAUUCUGCUUUGGGGAACAAAAGCGGUUGUUUUUUUUCUUCAACUUCUAAAAAGAUUACAUGAUUACAUGACCUGCAUAUUGUUUUAGCUCUCGCUAACUAUGAAAUAAAGCAACCCAAUCAGUUUGUGUGCUGCGUGAUUCAACAGCCACUCUGAUUUUUGUAUAUUUAUUGUAGAUAUAUAAUGCUUUCAGUCAUACCUAUUUGGCAGUACUGUGUACAUACUGUAAACCCUGCAGAUAUCUCUCCACAGAGGUCAAGCAGCCUUAAGUAAACACAACUGUUUCCUCCUGAAGUGCCGAUUCAUGCGUAGGUGUAAAACACUGUAGCAUUCGUUGUAGUUUUUGAUGACAAACUUGAUAUACUAACCACUUUGUUUUUCUAAAAUAGGUUGUUUUAAAGAUGCUUAACAUUUUGAAAAUGGGUGAAAUGAUCUAAAGCUGAAAAAAGUGUGCCACAGAUGCAAUUCCUUUUUUGCCCCUUCACCCUGUAGCGACGUAAUCUGAAACACCAGCGUGCAGCGUCUCUCUCUCUCUCUCUCUCUCUCUCUCUCUCUCUCUCACGCUUGUAUUCAGACAGCCAUGAAAUGAUUAAUGCAGGUUUGGCAGAACAUUUCCACAGGCGCAGAAACGCCAUCAGACGAGUGCUGUGCGUUCAGGUUUUACACCGACACUUUUACAGGAUAUGCAAGCGCUUGUUGUGUUUGCAAUUCAUUUCAAAUGAUAAAACAAAUUAAAGAAAAUGUGUAUUAUGCAGCUGUGCACAGAAGAUUUGUCUCUAAGUUGACGAGUAGCUUUCAAGCUUGCAACAACCGUUUAUGGCCACUUGGGGGCAGCGGUAAGAAGCUGCAUUUACAACAUGGACAUGCAUUGGAGGUUCUCAUGGUUUCAGUUUAAAUAAUCCUCUUGUGGAAGAAGUUGGAGCGGGCCGACACAACGGACAAAGAGCCGUCUCCACCUGGGAAUACUUAUGUCUAUCUGGGUGACCACGAGGGACUGAUGUAAUCUAAAUAUGUUUGUCUAGGCAUACAUUUCAUUCUUAUGUGUGUUUAUCACCUGCCGUGGACGAAGUUGUUUCCAACCAAAUGAGAGUUUAAAGACAACGGAGUUUGUUUCAUUAAAUCAUGAUGAAAAAUGGCGUGGAAAUUAUACAAGAAGACGUAGAAUUAAGGCAAUAAGUUCUAUUUACAUUGCAAUGAUUAAAAUGGGUAAUUUGCAGACAAUAUCUCAGGCAGUCGCAUUAUGUCAUCAGGAAAAUAACUAUUUAAUUCCGUGAAUACUGUGCAACGUAUCAGCUAUCGUCCCUAACAGUGUCAGACGCCUGCAGCAGCACCUGCUGCUUUGUCUGGCUUCAACGUUAUUCUUUACCGACGGGUUACAGAACCGUUGGGCUUACCCGGUAUUUACAAACCGGGAGGAAAGACUCAUCGGCGUGUAUGAAAAUACAGGCGUCUAAAAGCCUUCUCAGCUCUCCGUUGUUACGUGAAUAAACCGCACAACUAACUAACGUAAGCAUAGCGAUUAC